CUCAAAACAGUGAAAAUGGAUUCAUUGAAUACAGAAGUGUUUUGUCCUGUAUGUCAAGAGAUCUUUAAGGCUCCCGUUCUUUUAUCAUGUAGCCACAAUGUCUGUAAAGAGUGUCUGGAACAGUUGUGGAGAACUAAGGAAAUCCAGGAGUGUCCCGUCUGCGGGUCAAAAUCCUCAAAAAAUCCUUCCUGUAAUCUUGUGUUAAAAAACGUGUGCGAGUCGUACCUGAAGAAGAGAAAUGAGAGCCGUUCAGCGGGAUCUGAGGAGAUCUGCAGUUUACACGGUGAGAAACCCAAGCUCCUCGGUCUGGAGGACAAACAGCGGAGCGGAGCUUCAGUGAGCAAAGAUACACAGAAACAUGCCGAUCAAAGAUUCAGACCCGUCAGAGAAGAUGUUCCAGCAUAUAAGGAGGAGCUCAAUACAGAGCUGAAGUCUUUACAGAAGAAACUUGAACAUGGAGAAAACCUUAAAAGAGAGUUUGAGAGAACACUUCAACAUAUAAAGUCUCAGGCUGAAUACACAGAACAUCAGAUUAAAGAGCAGUUUAAGAGACUCCGUCAGCUUCUCAGAGAUGAAGAAGCGUCUACAAUCGCUGCACUGAGGGAGGAAGAGGAGCAGAAGAAGCAGAUGAUGAAGGAGAAGCUGGAGGAGAUGAACACACACAUCUCAGCUCUUUCAAACAUAAUCAAAGACAUGGAGAAGAUGAUGGAAGCCAAUGAUGCCGCCUUUCUAGAGAAGUUUCCGGUCAUGAGGGAAAGAAUCCAGAUCUCAUCACCGCCGGAUCCACAGAUGCCUUUUGGAGGUUUGAUUUAUGUUCCACGUUACUUGGGCAACCUGCCGUACAAAGUCUGGAAGAAGAUGCUGAACUCUGUUCAAAAGACUCCUAUGACUCUGGAUCCAAACACGGCUCAUCCGCGUAUCGUCCUGUCUGAUGAUCUGACCAUUGCGAGAUACGUCUGGAACAAAAAAAAUCUUCCUGAUAAUCCAGAGAGAUUCGACGUCUGCGAGUGUGUUCUGGGCUCAGAAGGUUUCAGCUCAGGGAUGCACUUCUGGGAAGUGGAGGUUGAAAUGUGUGAAAGCUGGAGUCUGGGAGUAACUACAGAAUCAAACCGGAGGAAGGGACGUGAUUUCUGUAACACUAAUGUCUGGUGUGUGAAGUACGAUCCGUACAGACUGCUUGGGCCCGGUUCUCCUGUUGAAGAGCAUCUUGAGUGUGUGAGGGUUGAUCUGGACUAUGACGGAGGAACAGUAUCGUUCUCUGACCCUGUAACUAACACACAUCUACACACAUUCACGGCCACCUUCACCGACGUCGUCUUUCCAUUUUUCUGUAAUCUUGAUGAAGUUAAGUGUCUAAGGAUUUUACCAGUUAAACUGUAAAAGCAGAAAAAUACUUUUUAAAAUUGUAGUCUUAAAUCAAAGUGUAACAAAUAGUUUAAAUGCAUCGAUACUGUAUUGAUUUCUUUUGAAUAAAUUGCUUGAACUCUUUGCUGAACCAAAUGCUAUGAGUCGAGCAUUUUUAGAGAGACCUGUGUGAUAAAGAGCUUUAAAGCCGCAGGCCGUAUCUUUUUUUUGGUUCAAAAUGAUCUGAAAUCAAUAUAUGAGCAAGCACA